AUGUUAGACCAACUGCAGUCACCUCUAUUCCGCCUCCCCAGGGAAUUGCGCGAUAACAUCUACGAACACUAUGCGCACGACGAAAAUGGCGUACUCUACGACUAUGCCUCAGAUAAGCUUCGGUAUGAGACCCAGGAAAAACAUCAGGAGAUGACUGCGCUGACACGCUGCUGCAAGCAAGCAGCUGGGGAGAUGAAGGAUGCGGCCAUGCGAGCCAACACCCUAACUUUCUUCCCUGUGCGUUCUAAUCAAGACUGCAUCAGCGUAAAGAAUCUUGACUCCAAAGCUGGACGAUUUGAGCGACUGAUACAAAGCGCGAGGCGCAUGAAGAUGCAUAUGCUGCACUUCGUGGCCAAGGGCGAAUGCGUCACCCCGGAGAUGGUUGAUCAGGUGGCCACCCGCUUUCCCAAUAUCGCCUGCUACUAUCGAAAAGCCUACGGUGCCAUCAAGGCAGGAGAUGAGCUAUAUGAGGGGAAUGGAAUCAACCCAUUCGACUACAACUGGCGGUGGCAAACGUCAGCAUCCUUUUGCGACGCCUUACAUUACACGUUAGAGCUCGCAUCCUCGCAUCCCAAAUUCGACCAACUCAUAGCCGAGUCCAUCGUGAGCCCACUCAGCAUUCACGGCAUGAUGCCUCCAUUUGUGCCUGGAUGCCAGAACGCCCUCCUCGCGUGGAAGCCGGACCUGGCGCUGAUACCAACCGAGACUGAUCUUGCUCUGGAGUCCUUUUUAGCCGACCCCCUCCCCCGAGAUACUAAUCCUCAUUUGGCAUGGACCGAGCCUGUAGCACCUUUAGCUUGGUACUUCUCUGCCACAACUGUUGCAGUCAAUUACCUCAAAAGGUUGCCCCAGAGUACUCGAUUGCGCAUACGACUUCCUUUCAUCAUCCGGGAGAACAAAUUGGCCGUAGCUUACCCCGAGUCACACGUAAGAUCUCUUGAAUCUUAUCUCUGCGAGAACCAAAACCUCCGGAUCGACUUGCACGUGGGGUGUUGGACAAACCUCACACACCCAUUCUGGCUGCAUUUCCCCUUCGACACCCAACGUGUGAACGAAGGUUCCAUAAUGAAGCUGAAUUUAAUUCGCCCGUUUGCGGACUUCUUAGACGAGGUCCUUUGUACCUUCGAUCGUAUCCCGCACCCCGAGGCUCUCAACAUCCAUAUCGAAGGUCAUCAGGACGAAAGCCUUGCCGCGUGGGAGACGUUCAAGCAUGCAGCUAGCCUUCAAGAGGCCAUGCUCAAGUCUGACUAUAUGCAAAGACACGGCGAUGUUCAGCUCACUGAGCUGUACGAUCCGCUGUAUUGGGGCGUACCUUUGAGCGAAGCGGCACUGAAGCAUAGAUUCCAAAUGCCUUGCCAUCUACCGGACUCAUUCUACGCGGUAGUCCGACAGAUCACCGAAGGUUUCGGCUCCAUCCACUUCGAGGGAGACACCGGUGCUCUUUGGGAUGCCAGAAGUAUGAUAGAAGCCCGGAAGCACUGGACACCGCAGCAAUUCCUCGACGAGUGGGACGAAGAAAUUUUCAGCGGAUUCGUGUCACAACCGCCAGGAGGCGUAGCAGCUUUCAAGCAAAUGUAUAGGCUGUAA